UUUGUCAUGUCCUCAAUUUUUUAUACAUUGCAAAAUUUAUAGUAAUGGUUGUAAACGUUGGCAUUAAUGGGUUCGGCCGGGUCGGCAGAGUUAUUUUCAGAACUUGUCUACAGACUUCUGAUAUUGAGAUAACUGCAAUCAAUGACCCGGCUUUAGACGUAGACUACAUCUCAUACUUGAUUAAGUAUGAUUCCACACACGGUAGACUGCCGGGAAACUUAUCUCAUACUGAUGAUGAAAUCAAAGUUAAUGACCAUCGAAUCAAGGUGUUCCGGCAAAAGUACCCCGUCUGUAUACCAUGGUCCCAAGCGGAAGUUCAGUACGUCGUCGAAGCCUCAGGAAUGUUCACGAGUAUGGAGAAAGCUUUGGGUCACCUGGCGAGCAAAACGGUGAAGCGGGUCAUAGUCACCGCCCCGAGUGCAAAUGUGCCCAUGAUUGUCAUAGGAGUAAACGACCAAAAAAUAGAAAUUGAACAGAGAGUAAUAUCCUGUGGUUCGAGUACUCUGUACUGCCUGGCGCCAAUUAUCAAAGUGUUGCAAGAGUACUAUGGCGUAGAAGCAGGUUUCAUCACUAGCAUCCACGCUAUGACGCCGUCUCUCAAGCCUUUAGACGGACUCUGCCUUAGAGGAAAGCACUGGCGGGACCACCGAAGUAUACUACAGAACAUUAUCCCAGCAACGACUGAGGCUUGUAAGGCGCUUGGCAAGAUCAUCCCGCAGGUGCGGGAUAAGCUCUCCGGUUUGGCCUUCAGGGUGCCCAUCGUUAAUGUGUCCGUCCUCGAUCUUACAAUACGGCUUCUCAAACCUACUACUAUUGACGAUAUCGUCCGUAACAUUGAACGAGUAAGCAAAACUACAAUGAAAGACAUUAUAACAACCUGUAAGGAAGAAAGAGUAUCUUCAGAUUUCAUGAACGAAACUCAUUCGUGCAUAGUCGAUGCAGGAUCCAGUCUUCAGCUUGCACCUAACUUCUUCAAAAUCAUUUGUUGGUACGAAAAUGAAUGCUCUUACGCCUGUCGCGUAGUAGAUUUAAUACAUUUAUCUGAAAAACAAUUUGAGAAAGCAGAGGCAAAUAGAUUAGCUCAAAUAAAAAUAAAAAUCUCAAAGGGGCAAAAUGUAAAUCAACAAACCGAAGAUAGCUUAAAAAAUAUACAAGAAAGUUGUCGAGUGUUUGAACUAGAAACUAAACCAACAGACAAGAAAAAUAUUAAAUCUCCACUUCGACCUGUACUUUUAAAGAAGCCUAUGAUCUUAAAUCACAGCGCUCAUUCUUCUACAAUUACUGCUAGCGAACCCAAUAAAAAUAAAGUAGAACUAUUCAAAAUUUGGAAUGACGAAAAUAUUAUUAAUAAUGCAAACAAUGUACGCCAAAACAGAGAGUCGUUUUUUCAAACGUGCAAUAAACCAGGUAGCGGAGUAGGCAAUACACAAGAACGCCUGGAAAAGGUGAAAGAAGAAUUUUCCAAAAUGGUCAGUAUAACUGAACUUUUACUAAAAAAGUCUUACAGCAACAAAUUAUCAUUUAACUUUGAUCCUCCUAAGGAGAGUUUAGACAUAGUGAAAACAGGGACUGAUAUUAAGGAGCCCGUGCAACAGGAAAACAAUCAGAAGUAUAUAAAGCUUGAUAUGAGCGGCGACGGAAAGAUAAGUGACAGCACAUUACAUUUAGGUUGCAGCAAAAACACAGUUCCAAAUGUUUGCGACAAAAAGAUAUCUGACUUAAGUAUGGUUGAGACGAUAAAGUCUUUACACUCAAUAAAUAAGAAUUUCCUGUUACCAGGAAAAAAAUCGCCAAUUCACGGGGAUCCCAUAGCUAAAGGUGAUGCGGAAAAUAAAACAACAAAAAACACUGAAAGUACCACCAAAUUACCCAAUAAAUCCAUCGCUUUUAAAACUCAAAUGUCGGAUACGUUUAGUAAUAUAAUAAUGAAAUUUCAUCUUCAACCAACUGUAACUAGUAUGAGAAUAACAAAUAAAGACAACACUAACGAAGAAACCACAAAUAAAAUAAGUCAUGCCAACGUUGACGUUAACAUGCCUGUACAAAUCCUCACUACAAGUGAGCCUAGCGUUGAUAUUGAAAAGAAUACCGCCACGCGUGAAAAUGAACAACAUCUGGAAGACGUUCAAAAAAAUCAAAAAACGAUAAAUGUACUUGAUAAUAUGAAAAAAAUAAAGAAUAUUGAUCGUAUAGGUGUGGAAUUAAAACGUAGGAGUAUUGUACUAUUUCAUGAAAAAAAUAGUAGCGCUGAUACUGGGAAAGUAUUUUGUGAACAAGUCUGCAUGCAAUUUGAUGAUGGCUUCCAAGAGCAAAUGAAAGUUACUGAGGAGAAAAAAACCAUGCAUACUUCAAUACCCUCGCCCUCGUCUGCCACAUGCACGUAUACAAUGAAUGCUUCAAGUGCGGUGAAAAAACAUGAUAUUUACGAUAAAUUAGAUAGUCCUGAUGGAACGGAUUCGGAUAACUCUCUGAAUGCAAAAAAAUCACAAGUGAUACACAUUGCCGAUUUAACUAAUUCUUUGGAUGAUUUGAAGCGCCUUGAUAAAAUUUGUAGAAUCAUAGAAAUGUCGGACGAACUUUCGGAUAAACUGUUUUCACCACUUGAUAAUUACAAAGCUGAAGGUCGCACUAAAAGAUGGUCUUUCAAGGAUUUGUGUGAUAGAAUUUGUUUAGAUGAGUUUAGCGACCAAGUAUUUGGUAAAUAAAAUUAAUUCAUAUACGAAUAAAUGGGGUGGACUGGGAAGAUUUGAACCACAGAUCACGUUCUUAAUCAAUGCACGGGUUAUAAUUAAGUGUACGUGUAUUAAGACAUCUUAAAGCAUCUCGUGCAAACUGAUUUAUUUACUGAAAUGUUUGGAUGUAUUAAAAAUGCCGAAGUAAUAAAUGUAGCAUAAUCUUGUAAAUAUUUUCGUUAUUAAAUUGUAAUUGUAUGUGCUUUCUUUAUCCGAGUAAAGGUAUGUGAAAGUCUCGAGCGAUUGUAGCUUUUGUUCGUCGAUAUCGCUAUAUUUGCCUAAAAUUACUUGGAAACUUUAAAUUGAAAUGGUCUUCAAUUAUGAAGGGUUUUAACAUGGUUCAACAACCCCCAAUGUAAAUU